UUUUAUUUUUAUUUGCGUGGUAAACCACAACAACUACUUUGGCUUGGCUCGUUGUCAGUCUUUUGAUGGAAAAGUUGAAAUAAUUGAUAAUGGCAGCGGCAAAAGCUAAGAAUAUGAAACUCCAAGUGAAGCAUGGUUCUAAGGUUCAUGAAGUAAGGCUACAGGCUGAGCAAGGCAAUGUUCUCACAGUUCAGGACCUCGUGAAAAAAAUAAACGAAGUCACAGAAAUCCCACCAGCAAACCAGAAGAUCCUUUAUAAAGGCAAAACAUUGAACAAAGAUUUAGAUGUAUUCCUGACAGAUACUGGGCUAACAGACAAUGCCAAAGUUAUGCUUCUUGGGAAAAGGCCUGAUCCUGUGGAUGACAAAGAGAUGGGCAAGCUACACAACAUUGAACAGUCCCUAAAGAAAGAGGAAGAAAAACUCAGUGAGAUCACGUACGAACUAGACGGAGUACACAGGGGAUUUUUAGAAGAUUCCUUGAAGAGACCAGCAUUGCAGAAGAGUCGAAAGAGAAUCGCCCACUCCACAGAACAGUACAUGAAGCUGUUGGAGGCACUGGAUGGCCUCAAUCUGGAUCCCAGUAAUUCGGGGGGAAGGGCCAAGCGCAAGAGCCUGGUGGACAGAAUUCACACCCUUUUGGACAGAUGUGAUGGAUUAGCCAAGGGAAUUGAUGACAUGUUAGCAAGGUUGGCUGCAAAUAUCCCCCUCUAAUUAAUGUCUACAGUUGCACUGUUUAUAAGAACAGCACAGUUGUCUUCCCUUUGUUUCUGACACACGACAUUUGCAUGAUUGUGAUUGAGGAUUGGAGAUUCCUUUUGUGCACUGUUUAUAUACAAUGUCUCUCUGUAUCUCUCUUUCUCAACCACUUUUUUGUGCAUGUUUUAUUGUGCUAGUUGGUUGCUGUGCAUGGAAUUUUUGUUAAUCCCCUCAUUUUUAUGAAAUAUCACAACAUCUUUAUAAUAAUUAAGUCUCUCUAUAAUUUAAGUGACUUUGUUUUAUUUUGGCAAACACACUUUAAAAUGAUAUAUUUCACAGUUAAUUAAAGACCUCCUUGAUACUGUCUUUAAUUAUUUCAGAACUUCUUCAUAGUGCGUAAAUCCUCCUUUUUACUAACAAUUUUGUUGUUCAAUACCGGUAAGAGGUUGGCAGACUAACAACUCCCCCUUCUGUCUACAUGUCAAUUUGCAGAAACUUUACACUUUUUUGUGAAUAAACAAAAAAAUUGAAAAUCACAUAGUAAGAAUGUCAUGAUGACAUUUUUAAAAAGUGUUAGUUGCUGAGGGGUUGCUCGCUUUCUUAUUCUUUUUUAAAAGUAAAUUAUUUUGGGAUAUGAGAUGUGGUCGGUAAAUUUACAAUGUAAAAAAGAACUUUUGAUUAAGUUUGAUACCUCUGACAUGUGUCUUUUCUGUUACAGUAAUGAAGGCAAAGACAAAUGAUGACAGCCCCUGUUUUAGGUGUACAGUCUUAAUAUCUCUGUGUGUCUAGUACCCUAAGAGUGGUAGGAAUACACACUGAAUGCAUUAGAGGUUUCCACAAGAGAUCAAACAAUUUUCAAAUCAAAUUCUGGUGCUCAAAGCAAGAAAAAAGACUAAAUUGUUUUGGAGAAUAAGAAUUCUUGGGAAUUUAUUAAGCACUAGUCAGCUGUUAGUAUAGAAGGUUUUAUUUAUAUUUUGAUGAAAUAUAGUGAUCUGAAUACAUGUACAUGUAUUUCAAGAGAGAUAGAAGGUACAUGUAUUAGGAAAUUCAUUAUAUACCUAGAAUCUUAUUUAAAGUGAUUGAACUGAGUUGAUAAUUUUUCUACAAAAAUUUCACAGAGGAAAUUCCUUUGCAAGUGAACUCUUACAAACUGACAGGCAGAAACAUAGUCUAGCAGGAGAGACGAGAGGCCUUGUCCAGGGUCUGGCAUGGGAUACAAACCAUAGAAGCUUUUAAUUUAUCUGAAUGGUUCAUUGUUAGUGUAUUUAUAACACUUCUCUCCGUAUGAUGUUUUAGUUUUCAUUGGGGGAUGGGUCCUCAGUGAUUCGGUGUAUAUAAAAUAUUGAUUUUAAAAGCCUGUUUGUGAAUGUUAAUUCAUACUUUAAAAGUAAAACAAAUAAAGAUGACACAUUUUAAUGCA